AAUCGCCUGUCCCAGAUGCGUCUAUAUUGUUGGCGAGUCGAAUCGGUGCCUUCGGCGGACCGACGCACGAACACAGGGCAAGAGAUGUUCCGGCGGCGUGUGACUUCUCUGGCUUCCCUCGCUUCCAGCCUCAUCAAUUCCACCCCGAGUUCGAGGAUCUCUCCGUCUCGCCAUCCCCGUUCCUGCCUUUCCUUCUUUGCUGCUGCUUCCUCCUCCGCGGAACCGGCCGCGAGCACCGGUAGUGACACGGGUAAGAGGGGGAAGAGGUCCUUUGGCCGGAAGCUCUUCCAGAUCGGCUUGAUUAGCCUUACGGGAGGGGUUUUUCUCAGUGGGCUCAACGAUCUCGCUAUCUUCCAUGGCUGUAGCAGUAAAGCCAUCGAAAAGGCUAGCCAGAAUCAGCAAAUAGUAGAGUCUCUUGGCCUGCCAAUAGUAAGGGGCCCAUGGUAUGAUGCAUCUCUUGCCGUUGGUCACAAGAGGCAUUCUGUAUCCUACACAUUUCCUGUUUCCGGACCACAAGGAUCUGGCAUAUUUCAGUUGAAGGCUAUUCGCCAAGGAGAUGAGACAAACUUUUCGUUUUUAAGGCAUCAUGACUGGGAUAUACUGAUAAUGGAUGCUCUCCUUCAUGUUCCCUCCAAUGAUGAGAAGCACCAGACCGUACGAAUAAGUCUUUCCGAGAAUAAUUCCCCGUUGCCAUCCAUGGAGUGCAAGGAGUGCAGACUUUCAGAAUCCGCAAUGCCUGAAAAAUGAGAUGUCUAUUUUGUGUGGGUUCUGCCUGCAAAUGAUACACCAAUCCUGUAGAGAAUAUUUUGACACCUACUUAGCUAAUAAAAGUGCUGGUAUGAUGCCAUUUUUUUUAUGAAAAACAUUUGUCUAGAUCACCCUAUGUGUUAGUGUCAUAAGAUGCGGAUAGAGCUUCAUUGUAACUCUACAUGAUUCAUUUAGUUAAUUUUUUUUUUUAUUUAA